AUGAUCACGACCAUGCGAAUGGGCGGGGGCGGCAGGCCGAGGGCUCUCGCCGCCUACGUGCGACUGCGCCACGUCGUCGCCGCGUCUCUCGUCUGCCUGGCGCUAUACUGCGUGCUCCUGGCGCCGAGCGCACCAUCACGCGCACGCGCCGGGCUCUACAGCUUCUCAACCGACGCGGGUUUUAGCGCCGCUGGGGCUCCCGCGCUCUUCGAGAACCGGUCGCUGACGGGGGCGCAGUGCCGGGCGGCGUUCCCGGGGCUGACGUGGGAGAUCGAAGCCGCAGCGGCCAAGGGCGCGUUCGCGGUGCGGCGGCGGCGCGACGGGCUGGGGCUCGGGCCGACGGUGGCGCGGGUGCGCGCCGGCCGGCUGUACGUGGUGGCGCGGGCGCGGCGCGUGGACCUGAGCCGCGACAUGCUGCAGCACCGGGCGGCGACGCUGCACCAGGUGGCGCGGGCGCUGCUGACGGCGCCGGCCGCCGACGCCGACGGCCCGCUGCCCGACACCGUCUUCGCCUUCAACCACGCGGACGACCCGGUCUCGCCCAGCUGGUCGUACGCGCGCGCCGCCGACCCGGCCUUCGACGGUCCCCGCCGCCGCGUCUUCCCCAUUCCCCACUUCAGCUUCUACGCCUGGCCCAUCCCGACCGUCGGCUCGUUCGCGCGCGCCGCCGCCGCCAUCUCCCGCGUCGAGGCCGAGCUCUCGUCCUCGUCCUCGUCCUCGGCACUGCCGCCGCCGGCGGACCUGGACCCGGACCAGGACCGGCCCCCGCCCUGGUGGGCCGCCAAGAUCCCCAAAGCCGUCUGGCGCGGCACCACGCACUUCAACCACCCGCGCGCCGGACGGAUGCGGCAGGACCUGGUGGCAGCGGCGCGCGGCGCCCCCUGGGCCGACGUCGAGCCGCUCGCUGCCGACGGUGCCAACGCGCUCCCCAUCGAGGACUUCUGCCGCUACCGCUACGUCGUGCAUACCGAGGGCGUCACGUACAGCGGGCGCUUCCAGCUGCACCAGCUGUGUGCCAGCGUCGUCCUCAGCCCGCCCAUCGCCUGGAUGCAGCACCUCACGCACCUCGCGCGCCCCGUCCUCAGCUACGACCUGCUCUCGUCGUCGCCGUCGCCGUCUUCUCCUGCCGCCACUCACGCCGACGACCCGCGCCGCCCCUCCCCCCGCCUGCCCUACCCCGCGCCCUGGGUCCGUGCCGCCUGGCCACCCGCCUCCGCCUCGUCGUCGGGCCCCUCGGCGGCCGCUAAUAUCUCUACCGCAAAUAUGAUCUUUGUGGCCCCGGACUGGAGCGACCUCGCGGCUGUGGUCGCGUGGCUCGAGGCGCACCCGGCUGCCGCUGCCGCCGUCGCCGCGCGCCAGCGCGCCCUCUUUCACGACGCCGGCUACCUCUCGCCCGCCGCCGAGGCCUGCUACUGGCGCGCGCUGAUCCGCGCCUGGGCCCGGGUCGCGCGGUACGAGGGCGGCGGCGACAGCGGAGAGGAGGAAGAGGGCGUCCCGUGGGAGGAGCUGAGUCUCACCGAGGUGCAUAGAUGAGAUGGACGGCUAGACGGGUGGGCGGGGAGAGGAGUCAACGGGUCGUUGUCAGCAGAUGAUGUACGAGAAGAAAGCCGGAGGGAGCACGUACCCUUAUAAAGUGUCUGCCUGGACGUGCGUGCCAUCUACCGUCUGCUACCUGCAUGCAUCUGCACCGUCUUGGUCUCCCGUUUUCGUCCCACACUUAUAGACUGAAUACACUCCGCUUUCAAUCGCGAUGAGGGCUUAUCGUCGAUUUGUCGUCCUAUCACACGUACCAACGAAAAUGCACUGCACCC